AUGUCUCUGUUCCACCACAUGCUGCGGCACCCCCGAAAAGACGAUGAGCAAGUGCUGGAGCUGUUCAAGUGCAUCUAUGAGGACAAACCUCUAAAGGAACGAGUCAGCCUCCCUUCACUUACUUCCCUCCGGUGCGACAAGGGCCAAACACUAGCAUUCUACGCUGCUGCUUAUGGCCACGCCAAGUGUCUGAAGUGGAUCCUUGAGCAAACAGCCAGUCUUCACGCUACAGGCGGAAAGAAUAACCAAAGAAGAUUCCUUGAGAUCCGUGACAAACAAGGAGACACUCCAUUGCACUAUGCAGUGAAGGGAGGCCACGUUGACGUGAUCGAGUUGCUUCUCAGUCUUGUCCCAGACAUGCUGAACCAGCAGCGUAGUAACGGCCAAACACCGCUCUUCGAUGCCUUUGAGCGUCCUGCGAUUGUGCAGCUUCUGUUAAGUCGCGGUGCUGACUACAGUGUGAGAUGUAACCGGGGCCUAACACCCCUGGAAGCAGCUACCGAUGAGCUGCGAUGGAAACGCCAGUGCUUGAGACGCACGUCCAAAGCUCUACCUAGACGGCUUUCCAUUACGGUGAAUUUGCUGAAGAAAGCAGAGUUGGCUUUAACAAAGGCAAGCACGGGAGGACUUCAUGGAGAAAGCCUAUCCACUGCAGGGCAAAUCUCGGGACCAACACGCGGUUCGAAUCCCAGUAAUUGA